AUGGCGGCGUGGCUGGGCCGGGUGUCUUUGGGUGACAAAUGGUACAACAUGUACUCCCGCCUGCUGCGGACCAAACCGGUGGGCUCCAUGGCUCACAGCUCGGACGACCUCACCGAGCUCGCAGAGGGGUCAGGGGUCGGCCUGGCCAAGGUCCUGACCACCGUGGACCUGGUGUCGCUCGGGGUGGGCAGCUGCGUCGGUACCGGGAUGUAUGUGGUCGCCGGACUGGUUGCCAAGGCCAUGGCCGGGCCAGGGGUCAUCCUGUCCUUUAUAAUCGCAGCGGUGGCCUCCAUACUGUCAGGUGUGUGCUACGCAGAGUUUGGUGUCCGGGUUCCCAAAACGACCGGCUCGGCCUACACCUACAGCUACGUAACGGUCGGAGAGUUUGUGGCGUUUUUUAUCGGCUGGAACUUGAUCCUGGAGUACCUGAUCGGCACGGCGGCCGGGGCCUCUGCUCUCAGCAGCAUGUUCGACUCUCUGGCCAAUCACAGCAUCAGUAACUACAUGAUAACACACCUGGGCACGCUCAGAGGACUCGGUAAGGGUGAGGACACUUACCCAGACCUGCUGGCCCUGUUCAUCGCCCUGCUGGUGACAGCAAUCAUCGCUCUUGGUGUGCGUAACUCAGUGGGCUUCAAUAAUGUCCUCAAUGUGGUCAACCUGGUGGUCUGGGUCUUCAUGAUCAUCGCCGGACUCUUCUUCCUCUCCGCCAGCAACUGGGAGGGCGGCAAGUUCCUUCCCUACGGCUGGUCGGGGGUGAUGCAAGGUGCAGCCACCUGCUUCUACGCCUUCAUCGGCUUCGACAUCAUUGCCACGACCGGAGAGGAGGCGAAAAACCCAAACACCUCCAUCCCGUACGCCAUCACCGCCUCACUGGUCACCUGCCUCACCGCCUACGUGUCGGUGAGUGUGAUCCUGACUCUCAUGGUUCCCUACAACCUGAUCGAUGGCUCAGCUCCUCUCAUGGAGAUGUUUGCGGUGCACGGCUUCCUGUGGGGGAAGUACACCGUGGCUGUGGGCUCCAUAGCCGGACUCACGGUCUCUCUGCUGGGCUCUUUGUUCCCCAUGCCCAGGGUCAUCUACGCCAUGGCCCGGGACGGACUGCUGUUCAGGUUCCUGUCACACGUGUCUGCGCUCACACACACUCCGGCGGUGGCCUGUGUGGUGUCUGGGAGCUUCGCCGCCCUCCUCGCUCUGCUGGUGAGCCUCAGGGACCUGAUCGAGAUGAUGUCCAUCGGCACCCUGCUGGCCUACACCCUGGUCAGUGUGUGUGUGCUCUUACUGCGCUACCAGCCUGACGAACAGGCCGACACACACCAGUUUAACUCUGGGGAGGAUGUGGGCGACCUGAAGCCCCCGGACGACGGAGCCGCACCAACAAAAGACGACCAGAUGCUGAUCGAAGGCUCAGGCGGUGACGGAUCUUCGUCUUACCACGCCGGCGGGACGGAAGGAGAGGGAGAUGAUUCUGAUUUCCACACAGGCCACGCCCCACUGUUGAAAAGACUCCUGGGAGGUCAUUACUACACCCUACGGCUGCGGCUGGGAAUGCCCGAUGCAUCGGCCCGGCCCACACCCGCCAGUGGCCGUGUAGUGACCCGAUGCACCCUGCUCCUCUUCCUCAUGUCCUUCCUCCUGUGGUCCACCGUCAUAUUUGGCGUUGAGCAGGGAACAGGGGCCGGGGCAGUGUUUUCAGGGCUGAUGGCCACAAUGAUGGCGGGUUCCAUGGUAAAGCUUUUAAUUGUGAUCAUACAGCAGCCAGAGAGCACACGCAUCCUGCCCUACAUGGCGCCCUGUGUGCCCUUUGUCCCCGCAACGGCCAUAUUGGUCAAUAGCUACCUCAUGCUCAAACUGUCUCCACUCACCUGGGCCAGGUUCACCAUCUGGUGCCUCAUAGGUCUGUUGAUCUACGGUUGUUAUGGAGUGUGGCACAGCACGCUGGAGCUGGACGCCCGCGAGCAGCAGGCGCACGCCAGCUCCUACCAGCGCUUCGACGACCACCUGGACGACACCUUCUCCCCUGACGACGACCUUUACCCCAAGGAACAGGACGAGAGACCCUACCAGGGCUGGUCUGCCCCAGAGGAGAGAGGAUACCACCACCAGCAACAUAACCAGUACCAUCAGGAGAACCAGUAUGAGGACCAAGAGGGGGAGCAGAACGAGGAUAGUGGUGACCAGUAUGGAUACCAGUCUGGACCAGGAGGCCAGUAUACAAGCAGAGGUGGCAGGUCCAAGGGAAGGACCAAUCACGGCUUUGAAUCAGGUGAAGAGGAGGACUGA